UAAACCUCAUUUAUGACUUUAAAGUCCUUCCUAAUAGUCAAUAUCAGUGAGAAGAGUAUAGGAACAAAAUAAAAAUGAAAUAUAAAUUUUCCUUGAAUAUAACAGUUGCAUUUAUAUUACUAUGCAAUUUCAUAAAUAUUUAUGCAGAUGUCGUUGAGGACAAAUGCCUGUUAUGUUCAGUAGAUGAAAAAAAUUGUACUGUUGAUCCAUUGAGUAUGAUACACAAAUCUGUAAAAUGUGAUUUCACUAAACAGGUUUGCUUUACUAAAACAGAUGACACUGGUCGAAAUGAAAGAGGUUGUAUUGAUAAAGAUAAAUGUACAGAAAAAUGUACAGCAUGUGAUAGUACAUUUUGUAAUGAUAGAAUUAUUCCUUAUAACAGGCCAGCUUGUUUUAAUUGUCAAGAUUUAGAUUGUGCUGAUCCUAUUGGAAAGAAAUUACAACCAGAAUAUUGUUUAUAUUAUGAUGCUUCAUCACUAGUUGAUUGUUAUGUUACAAAGGGUGAUUUUGAUGUUAAACGUGGAUGUUUUGUUGGUGCAUCCCAAGAAGAUUUUGAAUGUCAAGGUUUUAGUAAAAAUUGUUCUAAAACUACAUGUACAAAUAAUAGACUUGAUAAAAGUAGACCAUGUAAUGUAGUACCAGUUGUAUUAGGAUAUAAAUGUUAUAGUUGUAAUAGUAAAGAUAAUAAUCGUUGUACUAAAAAAUUUAAUGAAUCAAUUUAUGAAGAUUGUUCAGCUCGUAAUGGAUGUUAUGAAAAAUAUGCAGAUGGUGUAGCAACACGUGGAUGUGCAUCCAGUUUAAAUGAUGAAGAAUUAAAACAAUGUAAAGAUCCUGAAUAUAAACAGUGCCGAUAUUGUGAUUCGCCAAUAUGUAAUUUUGAAGAAAUCAAUGGAGCUGGAAAAAUUAUAUAUUCUUAUAUUAUAUUGAUUCCAUCAAUAUUAAGUCUAUGGAAAUUCAUUACUUGUUACGAAUGCGAUAAAGACAUAGAUUGUACAACUUUGGAAAAUCCAAUUAAAAAUGUUGUUUGUGAUGCAAAGAAAUGUUUUACAAUUUCAUUAGGUAUCAAUAAACAUAAACGUGGUUGUAUAUCAACUUUAACAGAAUUUGAGACAACAGUUUGCACAAAUGAUACACCACACUGUCAUAUUUGUGAUAAAUCAAAUUGUAAUAAUAAAAUAUUACCAGAAAAUCGUCCAUUAUGUUAUCAAUGUAAUGAUGAAUUAUGUAUGGAUGUUACGAAAUUAAUACCAAAAUAUUGUCUUAAUUAUACCGAAAAUAAAUGUUUCACAUAUUUUGAUGGAAUAAAUAUGAUAAGAGAUUGUGUUGAUGAAAAAAAAAACGUUUAUGACUUAUGCAAACAAUAUGAUAUUUAUUGUAAUAUUUGUAAUGGAAAUAAUAUUGAAGCGUGUAACAAUCAUACAAUGGAAUUAAAAUGUUUAAAUUGUGAUUCGGAUAAAGGAAAUUGCAAAUAUCCUGAUGAAUAUCCAAAUAAUGUAGAUCCAAAUAAUUGUUUGAUAACAGAGGUUGAAUCAAAAUCAUGUAUGCCAAAAAUAGUUAAUAAUUCAUUAAAAUUAUGUUAUACAUAUAUAGAUAGAAAUAAUUAUGUGAAAAGGGGUUGUUAUUCAGAUCUUGAUAUUAAGAAUAUAAAUGGUCAAUUGACAACAUGUCAAAAAAAUAAAUGUAAUAAUAAUUGUAUUAAAGAUAUUUCAUGUAUUCAAUGUGAUUCUGAAGUUAAUAAUGAUUGUGGUAGAAUAACAUCAGAUAUUGAUCCAGAAUGGAAAAAAAAUUGUCCUGAUUCAUAUAAUAGUGUAUGUCAUAGAUGUGAAGAUACAAAUGGCAGAACUAUUCGAGGUUGCGGUAAAUCACUAAUGUCAAAUUGUAAUUAUUGUUUUGAUAAUUAUUGUAUGGCUAAACCAACAUACCGGAAAUGCUAUAAAUGUGAUGAAAAAGAUUUAAAUUGUGUAAAUGGUGGAUCAUAUAAUGAUUUGGAAAUUGGUGAAUGUUAUAAUACAAAAUCAUGUUUUGUUGGUAUUACAAAAGAUGAACCGAAAAUAAAUGAAGAUAUGGCUAAACCAUGUAAUAUAUAUAAAACAAAUGAACAAUGUUAUUUAUAUGCUGAUAAAGAUGAAAAUAUGAUACGAGGUUGUCAAUCCGAUGAUUCAAAUACAAAUGAAAAUCGUAAAGGUUGUAAUAAUCCAAAUAAUAAUUGUAUUAAAUGUAAAGGAAGUCGUUGUAAUUUAACACCAUUUAAAAGAACAUCUUUAAAAUGUAUGAAAUGUGAUGAAACUGAUAUAAAAUGUUCGACUGGCUUUGAUAAAAAUGAAGCUUUAGAAUGUGAAUUAACACCAUAUUAUAGUAAUCAAACAUGUUUUAUACAUAUUGAUGGUAAUAGAGUUAAUAGAGUUUGUAUUGGUGAUGGUUGUAAUUAUGAUAAAAUUAAUCGUCAAAAAUGUAUUCGAUGUCGUAGUGAUGCUACCCCAAUUUGUGCUAAAGAAGAUAUUUCAGAAUUAGAACCCGAAUUAUGUAAAGAUGAAAUACGUGGUGAUAAUGUAGGUUGUUAUACAGAAAAAUUUAAUGGUAUUGUGUUUAGAGCAUGUGUUUCAGAAUUAACAGAAAAUGAAAUUAAUGAAUGUAAAAAGAGUAAAAGUUGUAAUAUUUGUCAAGGUAGCGGUUGUAACAAUAAAAAAUUAAUUGCAAAUUUUGUAAAUUCAAUUUGGGCAAUUAAAUGUAUAGGAUGUUCUGCUGAAAAUGUGAAAUGCGUUCAAAGUCCUGAAUUAAUAAAUUCAAUGGAAUGUUCAAAAGGAAUUAAUCAAUGUUUUACAGCAAUAAGCAAAGAAGGUUCAACAGUUCGCGGUUGUUAUUAUGAAAAUCAUCAUUAUUGCCAAGGAAAUUAUAAUUGUACAAUUUGCUCUGAAGACAACUGUAAUAAAAAUAUAUUACCUGUAGAUCGUAUUAAAUGUUAUCAAUGUUCAGGAAAAAAUUGUAAUAGCAUUAAUGAAACAAACCUAUUACCAUGUUAUAAUUAUAAAAAGGAUGAUGAAUGCUAUAUACUAAAUAGAGGGAUCAAUGAAUCUGUUUAUGGAUGCAAAUCUGAUUUAUUCUAUACGGAAAACUGCAAAAAUGAUAAUUCUUGUUCAGAAUGUAAAGGAUCCGGUUGUAAUAUUCUUAAAGAAUGUUACAGUUGUCAAAGUAAUGAUCAGAAAUGUAAAAAACCAGAAAAUAUUGAUAAUAUUAAAAAAAUUCAAUGUCAACCUGAUUUAAAUGGUAAUUUUUGUUAUACAUAUCUUGAUGAAAAUGAUUUUAUAACACGAGGUUGUGCUUCUAAAAGAAACGUAAGUGAAAAUAAUGGUUAUCUUGUUGAACUUUGUAACGAAAAUAAAUGUAAUUCAAAAUUAAUUGAAAAAAUCAAUUGCCUACAAUGUAACUCAAAAUCUGACAAAGAUUGCGGUAUCAAAGAUUAUAAAAAUGAUUGGAUUAAAGAAAAUGGAUGUCAAGAUUUCAAUACAGUAUGCCAUUUAAAUUGUCAUGAUAAUAAUAAUAAAAACAUUGUUAGUGGGUGUGGUAAAUCACCAAUUAAUUCAUCUAAUUGUACAUACUGUUAUUCAAAUUGCGAUAGGAGACGCAAUGAAACAAAUCCAGAAAUUUCAACAUGCUAUAAAUGUCGAAGUGAUCUCGAAGAAAAUUGCAAAAACUAUGUUGAAAAAUUACAGCCAAGUUCUUGCCAAAUUCAAACUGAUAAAAUUGGUUGUUACGUACAAAAUAUAUAUGGUCUAAUAAGAAGAGGUUGCCAAUCCGAUUUAACAAAGACUGAAUAUGAAAGGUGUAUAAAAAGUAAAAAUUGCAAACUUUGCAAUACCAACAACUGUAAUAAUGGAAAGUCAUCCGCAAUAAUGUAUAAAGCAACAGUAGGAUUAACAUUUUUUGUUUUGCUUUUUAGCUUUAUUUUUUAAGAUUACCUAUGCGUACGUAUGUAUAUCAGCAAUAUAAGUUCUUCAUCGGAUUAAACUAAUUUGUUUAUCUAUACAAACAUAUAUGCGCUAUAAGUAUUACAAAUAAAUCUAUUAUGUAUUGA